AUGCUUUAUUUACAGCCAACCGCUCAAAUGGGAUGGGAUUCAAUCAGUGCCAUCGUGGCACGAUUGCUCGCAGCCUAUCCGGUUUAUUCAAUUCUUUUGAGUAUCCUAUCAAUAAUUGCUCUGAGUGCAGGACUUGUUAAUAUUCGUUUGGAGCCAGACAUCAGGAAAUCGUUUUCUCCGGAGGAUUCAGAUGCUGGAUAUGAAACGCGAGUAUGGUUGGAAUAUUACGGACUCGAUAUUUAUCCAGAACGAGCAUUUUGCAUUUUCACAGCGAAAUCAGAAAAUGGAAGUAUUCUACAAGAGGAAGCAUUGAAAGAUAUCUACACAGUUGACAAACGUCUCUCGGAUGCAGUUGGGUUGAGGGACGGUGAUGGAAGAAAAAAUUGUGAUCCACUCUGUGAUUUGAACAGUCCAUUCCAUUUGUUGGCGAAUCAAACCCGAAAAAACAACGGAACAACAAGUGUUUUUACCUAUCCUGACAUGCCAUACAGCGGACUGGAUAUCUUUUUGGGACUUCAUUUCAGUAAUGUCGAUUUCAAUCCUCCUACACAUCGAAUCAGCUCUCGUUCUUUGGUUCUUUGGUACUUUUCCAGAUCAGAUACUCCCGAAGGAAAACUUGCUUUCAAGGACGCCAUCGACGAGCUGUUCGAAUUAUCUAAAAACAGCUCAGCGUUCGAGAAUGUUCAAUUCACAAUCUUCAGUGAUCAAGUUGCAAAUCGAGAAAUGAUUCGAGGAGCUAUUGAAGCAACAACUCUAAUGACAAUCGGAUUUUUCUUACUUCUUACUCAAGUGAUAAUUGUUAUCAAGAGGCUAUCCACAAUCAAAAUGACAAUUUAUCUUGUCGCCACUUCAUUACUGACUCCAAUGGCUGCAACUAUCGCAUCGUUUGGAGCAAUUUGUUGGAUGGGAUUCCCUUCAUUUUCUAUUCAAUGUGUCACACCAUUCCUUGUAUUGGGUAUCGGUGUUGAUGAUGCAUUCAUUUUAUUGCACAGAUGGAAGCAUCAUAUUGCUAUUACUGAUGGACCACGUCGUUUGGAACAAGUAAUUGUGGACGUUGGACCAUCAAUAACAAUUACCUCAUUGACAAACAUUAUUGCAUUUGGAAUUGGAUUCUUCACGCCAACACCUCAGAUGUCCUUAUUCUGUCUAACGGCUUCCCUUGCUCUCCUCCUGGAUUAUAUUUUCACCUACACAAUCCUUGCUCCAAUCGUUUUUCUUUGCAAUGAUCCCACAUAUCAAUCAGUUCCAAAAGAUGAAACUAUCUCAAAAGCUGACACGUGGCUUGCAAAGUAUUCAAGAUUUGUAUGUUCAUUGAAAGGAAGACUCGUUUGUGCUUGUGUGCUCAUCGGAAUGUAUGCAUUGACAACGUAUGGAGUUAUGACAAUGAGAACGACAUUUGAACCUGCGAAAGCAUUCCCUUCAAACUCUAAAUUAGUGGACUCGUUGUCGAAUAUCAAACCAGUCUUCAACACGUACUUCCCGAUCACUGUAAUUGUAAACAAUCCACCAAAUAUAAGAAAUGACAUUGAAUAUAAUAGUUUCAAUAAUAUGAUGAAUCGUUUGGAAAAAGUUCCGGGAAUCAGAGGAGAUAACAGAAGUCUCAUAUUCCUACCACAAUACGAGAAGUACGAUAGAUUCAGGAAUGUAGUUUCGUCUCUUUUGGGUGACAAAUAUAAUCGAUCUUAUGAUAAUCUGCCAAGCUGGAUGGAUGCUAUUGGAAAUCCACCAUUGGUCAAAUAUCACAUUGGAGAGGAUAACAAAACUGAAGUGACCUCAUUCCGUCUGACUCUACUCGGAAAAGGAAUGUCUGAAUGGGCGGAAAGAGCAAGAGCAAUGCAACACAUUCGGACAGUUCUUCGGGAAGAGAAACAAUUCAAUGCAACUCUUUUCGAUUGUGACUCUGCAAUUCUCAGUAUUAUUCUCACAGUAGGAACUGAUUUGAUCGGAUCUAUUGCGGUUACUGUAGUUUGCAUGGCUAUUGUUUGUUUCGUUUUCAUUGCAAACUUCAAUGCAGUCGCAGUCAUUACUUCUAUCAUCGCAAGUAUUUGCUACGUACUCGUCGGUGGCCUCUCCCUAUGGGGCGCAGAUCUGGAUCCAGUCAUCCAAGUAGACGUUCUUCUUGCCACUGGAUUCUCUGUCGACUACACUGCCCAUGUUGCCUAUAAUUACUUCCGUGCACGUGGAUCACCUCAAGAACGUGUCUACAGUAGUCUAGCUGAGAUGGCGAUGCCGAUGUGUGAAGCUGGUUUAUCCACGUUUCUCUGCAUGCUUCCUCUCAUUUUUGUGCCCACUUAUGCAAUUGUUUGUUUUGCAAAAACUGUAUUUUUGGUUGUUGCCAUUGGUCUCCUCCACGGUCUCUUCAUAUUACCCGUCGUUCUUGCUCUAUUCUCAAGAAAUUCAAUCGAUGAAAAAGAUGGUCCUCCAGCUGCUAUCACAUUCUCCACUGCCGCCGAUCAACCACUUGUUGACAAAGAUCUGAAUGCUGUCUAG